GAGCAAGCGAGUCCGCCCAGGAAGAGGGCGGGAGGCCGGAAGAAGAAGCUGACACCUGGCGAGCGCCAGAAGCUGAUCCAACUCGCCAGAGCCAACCAGAAUGUGUCGUCCGAGGUGUUGCGAAAACUUUUUAUUCAGCAAAUGCACAUGGACAUCAGCUCUCGCACCAUUAGGCGAGAGCUGAUUCAAGCAGGAAUGCAGAAAUUCAGGUCUUCCAACGCUAGCAAGUCUCCGUGGCAGGGCGGGACCGGAAGUAUGAGCCCUCAAUUGGCUGGAGAUGCGCGUGGUUGUGGCGUGCUCACUUGGGCUCCAAAUGCAGCGUCAGAUUCAGGGUGCGAUAAUGGUAAUGCCAGGUUCAGCUAUUGAUCUGAUUAAUAAUCAUGGGCAGCAUGAGCUGGAAAUUAUAUAAAUUACUGGCCCAGAUAUUGAAGUUGGGUAUUUAGAGUGGUUAAUAUAUCUGUUAUGAAAAAUCUAUGCUGUAUCAGCGGCUUUACAAAAUAGUGAAAUAUUAGACUCUUAUUCAAGCAAAAUGCCCAGUGGUUCAACAGGGCGGGACUACGGAAUUCAACUUUCGACGGAUCUGUAAGAUAGGCAAUAAAUGGGACUCUGUAUUUUAAGAAAAGACAAUAAAUGUACAGCGUUUAAA